AAAAAAGUAAUUUUUUUUUUGACUCGAUUCGUGUGUGGCAGAUUUAGGAUUAGAGAAAGAGAAAGAAAAAGAGAAAGACAGAGCGGCUGAGAACAAUUUCAUACAUCAAAUGUUUGACAGAUUUAUUCCAUUCCAUUAUAAUUAGAUUCAAAUAUUUUACAAAUAACGUGCAAUUAAACACAAUUAUUAUUGUUUAAAUAUUAUGGUAAACGAUAAUUAGUUGUAGUGUUGAUUUUGUUUGAAGGAAGUAAAUAAUAAUAUAUUUUAUUUUUUUCCCUGUUAAUGUGAUAAGAUUUUUUUAACGUGAUUGUGUUUAUUAUAUAUCUUAUAUAUUAAAAAAAUACUUGAAUGAUUAUCAGUACGCCAUGCCGGUGACGCCCUUGCUGAACUAAAUUAUUUAUUAGUCAUCUUGCAGGAUAUUUUUCAUAGCAGAGUGUUUUUAAUUGUAAUUAACAAUACUUGAUCAUUGUUGAGUGUUUAUUAUUUUUUGGAGAUGGAUAAUAAAGGACGGAAGGUUAUUGUUUGUGACAAUGGAACUGGGUUUGUUAAAUGUGGAUAUGCUGGCGCCAACUUCCCUGCUUUUAUAUUCCCAUCGCUUGUUGGACGUCCAAUUAUUAGAGCAGUAAAUAAAAUUGGAGAUAUUGAUGUUAAGCAAGAUCUUUGCGUUCGUGACGCGUAUAACUUGCCUGAUUUGAUGGUCGGCGAUGAAGCUAGUAAACUACGCUCGUUGCUGGAAAUUAGUUAUCCUAUGCAAAAUGGAAUUGUUAGAAAUUGGGAAGACAUGUGCCAUGUAUGGGAUUAUACAUUCGGACCAGAAAAAAUGAACAUUGAUCCACAUGAGUGUAAAAUAAUGCUGACUGAACCUCCGAUGAAUCCAACAACAAAUCGAGAAAAAAUGAUUGAGGUAAUGUUUGAGAAAUAUGGAUUCGCAGCGACGUACAUUGCAGUGCAAGCCGUACUAACACUUUAUGCACAAGGAUUGAUAAGUGGAGUUGUAGUUGAUUCUGGUGAUGGUGUAACUCAUAUUUGUGCUGUUUACCACGAAUGUGCACCGUGUCAUUUAAUUAGAAGACUGGAUGUUGCUGGCCGGGACAUAACAAUGUAUCUUAUUAAGUUAUUACUACUACGUGGUUAUGCAUUUAAUCAUUCAGCUGAUUUUGAAACUGUCAGAAUGAUGAAAGAAAAAUUAUGUUAUAUCGGGUAUAAUAUUGAGACAGAAGAAAAGUUAGCUGUUGAAACUACUGUCCUUGUUGAAUCUUACACUUUACCCGAUGGACGUGUAAUUAAAGUAGGCGGUGAAAGAUUCGCAGCACCUGAAGCACUAUUCCAACCGCAUUUAAUAAACGUUGAAGCACCAGGUAUUGCCGAGUUAGUAUUCAAUACAAUUCAGUCGGCAGCUAUUGAUAUAAGGAGUGAAUUAUAUAAACAUAUAGUAUUGAGCGGUGGCAGUACAAUGUAUCCAGGCUUACCAUCAAGAUUGGAACGUGAGAUAAAACAACUUUAUCUUCAACGAGUGUUGAAAAAUGAUGCGUCGAAAUUAGGGAAAUUUAAAAUAAAAAUAGAAGAUCCGCCUCGGCGCAAGGACAUGGUAUUUAUGGGCGGUGCUGUACUAGCGGAAUUAACUAAAAAUCGUGAUUCAUUUUGGAUUACUAAGGAAGAGUACGAAGAAAGGGGACUAAAGGUGUUGGAUAAAUUAACGACUUAUGAUAAGUGAAGUUUUAAAUAAUAAAAAAACUUGAUAAAUAAACAACAAAAUAAAAAAAAGUAAAAUUAAAAUGAACUCUUUGUCUAAAUAAAUAAUUAAUAAAAUAAGUAAAGAAGACAAUUAAUUGUAGGAUUGAUUAAUUAAAUAACAGAGAAGACAUUUGUGAAGAUAGAUAAAACUUAAUGUGCUGAGAGCACUUUAUGUACAUAUAAUAAUAAUUAUAUGAUAUGAAGAACGAA